AGACGGGUCCGGAGAGAGGAAGGAAAGAAGGAGAUGGGAGGGGUGACGUCUUCGGUGGCGGCAAAGUUUGCCUUCUUCCCGCCGAGUCCGCCGUCUUACAAGGUGGUCACCGACGAGCUCACCGGACUGUUGCUUCUGGCACCUUUCCCGCACAGGGAAAACGUGGAAAUCCUCAAGCUUCCGACGAGAAGAGGCACGGAGAUCGUGGCCAUGUACGUGAAGCACCCGAUGGCCACCUCGACGCUCCUCUACUCACAUGGAAACGCCACCGAUCUGGGACAGAUGUAUGAGCUCUUCAUCGAGCUUAGCAUCCAUCUCAAGGUUAAUCUCAUGGGCUACGAUUACUCCGGGUAUGGACAAUCAACUGGAAAGCCGAGCGAGCAUAACACGUAUGCUGAUAUCGAAGCUGUUUAUAAGUGUCUUGAAGAAACAUACGGCUCUAAGGCGGAGGACGUAAUCCUCUACGGCCAGUCUGUAGGGAGCGGGCCGACAUUAGAUCUCGCUUCCCGGUUGCCUCAACUGAGAGCCGUGGUCCUCCACAGCCCCAUUCUCUCCGGUUUAAGAGUAAUGUACUCCGUUAAGAAAACCUACUGGUUCGACAUCUACAAGAACAUCGACAAAAUCCCUUACCACUACCCUGAAUACAUCAGGCACCUCAAGAAGUUCAUCACAACAGUUGAGAGACUACCUUCGCGGAGCAGCGACCAAUCGAAGCAGAGCGGCGUGAGAGAUGAUGCGCCUCCUCCUCCGAGGAAGAGCGUGGACAGGAGAGAGAAGCCGAGGCAGAGCACGGAGCGUAGUAAGCCGCCAAAGAGUCAGUCGAAGAAGAGUAGCAGCAAGCUCAAGAUCUCUUUUGAUCACCAUCUCGACCGGUCCAGGAGGAGCCUUGACUGCCAUGACAAGACUCGGAAGAGCGUUGACCACUCUCAUCAGGUUGAGAUGGGCAGGAAGAGUGUGGAUAGGUUUGGGAUAGAGUGA